GUAGCUCACUGUUAUCGAUAGACCAUCCAUACAAGUGUUUUUGUUUGUUAAUAUCAAGCGCUUGGAAAUAAAUCAAAAUAAAUAGGAAUUAGGUGGAAAAAAGCUCUGAAAUGUCCUUCCUACGCGGCUCUGUGAGCUAUGUGUGGUGCACCACCAGUGUCCUCGGAAAGGGAGCCACCGGUUCUGUUUUCCAGGGGGUCAAUAAAAUCACCGGCGAAUCGGUCGCGGUGAAAACCUUUAAUCCCUACAGUCACAUGCGGCCGGCAGAUGUUCAGAUGCGGGAAUUCGAGGCAUUAAAGAAGGUCAAUCACGAAAACAUAGUGAAACUACUGGCUAUUGAGGAGGACCAGGAGGGACGCGGCAAGGUGAUCGUAAUGGAGCUCUGCACAGGUGGCAGUCUAUUUAACAUUCUUGACGAUCCGGAAAACUCGUACGGAUUGCCAGAACACGAAUUCUUGCUGGUGCUGGAGCACCUCUGUGCAGGAAUGAAGCAUCUGCGAGAUAACAAACUGGUGCAUCGCGAUCUCAAGCCCGGAAAUAUAAUGAAGUUCAUCUCUGAAGACGGGCAGACUAUCUAUAAACUUACUGACUUUGGCGCUGCCCGAGAACUGGAGGAUAACCAGCCUUUUGCGUCUCUAUAUGGCACCGAGGAGUAUCUCCAUCCUGAUCUCUAUGAACGAGCUGUGCUGAGAAAGUCCAUCCAGCGAUCAUUCACCGCUAAUGUGGAUCUGUGGUCGAUUGGGGUUACUCUGUAUCACGUAGCCACUGGAAAUCUGCCUUUUAGACCUUUCGGGGGAAGGAAAAAUCGAGAAACCAUGCAUCAAAUUACCACCAAGAAGGCAUCCGGGGUGAUUUCUGGUACACAACUGUCAGAAAAUGGACCCAUUGAGUGGUCCACCACCCUGCCACCGCAUGCACAUCUAUCUCAGGGAUUAAAAACCCUUGUGACUCCUCUUUUAGCUGGCCUUCUCGAGGAAAAUAGGGAAAAAACCUGGUCUUUCGAUCGCUUUUUCCACGAGGUAACGCUCAUUCUCCGUAAGCGUGUUAUCCAUGUGUUCUUCACUAAUCGCACCAGUUCGGUGGAAGUAUUUCUGGAGCCCGAUGAACAGAUUGAUAACUUCCGGGAGCGAAUUUUCCUGCAGACUGAGGUGCCGCUGGAGAAACAGAUACUACUGUUUAACAACGAGCACCUAGAGAAGAAGGUCACUCCACGAACCAUAGCUAAAGCAUUCCCUGUCACCACAACAGAGCAACCAAUAUUCCUUUACAGCAACGACGAUAACAAUGUUCAGUUGCCCCAGCAAUUGGAUCUUCCCAAGUUCCCAGUAUUUCCUCCUAAUGUGUCUGUUGAAAAUGACGCCAGCUUGGCUAAGUCCGCUUGUAGUGUUGGUCACGAGUGCAAAAGACGAGUGGACAUCUUUACGUCCAUGGAUAUCCUCAUCAAAAAGGGAGUGGAGCAUUUCAUUGAAAUGCUAAUAACCACGAUAACUUUACUUUUAAAGAAAACUGAAAGCUUUGACAACUUGCUUUCUACUGUUAUUGAUUAUGCAGAUGUAGUGCAAAGCAUGGCCAGAGUGACAAAGGGGGAUCAGGAGCUAAAGGCCCUGCUGACUGCCCUGGAAAAUGUAAAAAGCGACUUCGAUGGAGCCGCCGAUGUGAUCUCACAAAUGCACAAACAUUUUGUCACAGAGGAUGAACUAAAUGAUCAAUGGACAUCGUCUAUGCACGGCAAAAAGUGUCCCUGUAGGACAAGGGCGAGCGCCCAGGCCAAGUACCUUGUGGAAAGGCUUCGCGACUCCUGGCAGCAUUUGCUUCGAGAUCGUGCCACACGCACGCUAACCUACAACGAUGAGCAGUUCCAUGCUUUGGAAAAGAUCAAAGUCGAUCACAAUGGCAAGCGCAUUAAGGCCUUGCUUUUGGAUAAUGUAAAUCCCACAGUGGCUCAGAUCGCCGAGUGCCUUGCUGAUUGGUACAAGCUGGCCCAGACCGUUUACCUUAAAACACAAAUCCUUGAAAAAGAUGUGCGCGAUUGCGAGCGGAAAUUGAAUGGAAUACGCGAUGAGCUGUAUCACAUCAAGUCGGAACUAAAACUGGAUGUGGACACAAAGACAAUAAACAACAAUAACCAGUUGGCCAAGAUCGAAGAGCGAAAUCGGUUGAGAGUGAUGCAACAGCAACAACAGGAAGUUAUGGCUGUCAUGAGAACCAACAGCGAGAUAAUAAGUUUGCUUAGCAAACUUGGUAUUACAAAUGGAGGUCUUGAGAAGAGUUAGAACGAGUGUUUAAUUGCUUUUGCUUAUGUUGUAAGUUAUAAAUAAAUGUAUGCUUUUAUAUGAAA